UGGAAUUUCUUCAAAUUUACUUGGGGUAUGAUCUCUUGAAAGUUUCACGAAUUCCAAGCUGCCAAAUUUGAAUGGUCCUCCUUUUGUGUCGUGGCAUUUCCACAUUACAAGAGUUAAUCUCCAAUUUCCGUGAGCCAGUCUGCGUAGCCAUUGCCCACCCUUUGCAUGCACUUUAAAGGCUGGGAGAAUAGAUCGUUAGAUGUUGAAGAUGACAAUUAUGUUGAUAACGGGUCUUUGGGCUUUGAUAAGCUUGUCUGGAGUUUUUAUUUGCGGUGCACAGCAGUCCAACGGCAACAGCACUAAUUUUCUCUUUGCAAACUUUAGCCACAACAAUAGUCAGCAGCUCAUAUACAUGGGGGACGCUUCCUUUUCGGCUCUGUAUCAUUGUAUCGAUCUCACACCGGAUCCAAACGGCACAAGAAAAGUUUAUUCUUCGAACGAAACCGCUGCAAACGUUGAGCACCACAUCGGACGGGUUCUGUACCGCCGGCAGAUCACAAUGUGGCCGGCGAGUUUUACCACCAUCUUCACCAUACUUGUGAAAGACAUCGCCUCAAAUGGCGAUGGCAUGGCCUUCAUCAUCGUUCCAGAUAACGAUAGCUUUUUAGCAAAGAGCUAUGGGGGAUUCCUCGGCCUCUUCGACCACUCAACGGAGGGAAACAGGACCGGCCAGCUUGCCAUCGAGCUCGACACGUUCCAGAACGAAUUCGACCCGGACGACAAUCAUGUGGGCAUCGACAUCCAGAGCAUCAAAUCCAAUGUAACAGCCAAUAUGGGAAACCACGGCAUGGACAUCAAAGCCGGGCGAGCAAUAAAAGUGCGGGUCGACUACGAUGGGUGGGCUAAAUCCCUGCAAAUCUAUGCGCGCUAUGCAGACAGUACUUCAGACUACUCGAGCCUUCUCAACAGCACGGUGGAGCUCGAAAAAAUUGUUCCAAGAUCGGCGUACCUGGGAUUUUCUGCAACAACAGGGAAGUCAUUAGAGAUACACAGACUUCUCGAUUGGAGUUUCAGUUCCGCGAUGUUGCCGGAGUCUUCUCUGAAUUUGUCACCGGUGGAAACGGGGUUAGGAACGCCGCGAAGAUCGGGCGAUGGGGUCAAAGUCCCCGUCUUGGUGGGCUCCAUUACAGUCGGAUUUGUUAUGCUGGGGCUAUUAGCCUGGUUCGUCGUUAGGAGAAUGAAAAGAAAAAACCGGGCUACUUCAACUCUUGGGCAAGGAAACUUAAUCGGAGAGCUUGCAAAGAUCCAAAACGCGCCUCACAGAAUCUCUUACAAUGAACUAGCCGCCGGCACCAAUAACUUCAACGAAGCAGAGCUUCUAGGAACCGGCGGGUUCGGAAGCGUGUACAGAGGAAACCUCAACGCCGGAGGCAACAAAAACGUGGCGUUUGUUGCGGUGAAGAGAAUUUCGGCCGGGUCAAAACAGGGGGAAAGGGAGUUCAUCUCAGAAAUCAUCACCAUAGGUCGUCUCCGCCACCGGAACCUGGUGCAGCUUCAGGGCUGGUGCCACGAGUCUGAUGAGCUUCUUCUGGUCUACGAUUACAUGCCCAACGGAAGCCUCGACAAAUUUCUCUACGACAAAAACAGGGGCCCGCCCUUGAAUUGGCCGCGGCGCCAAAGGAUUUUAUGUGGCCUGGCCUCGGCUCUACUAUACCUGCACGAAGAAUGGGAGCAGAGAGUCAUUCACCGAGACGUGAAGCCAAGCAAUGUGAUGCUUGACGGGGAAUUCAAUGCUCGCCUGGGGGACUUCGGUCUGGCCCGGCUCAUCGAGCACGACGAUAAUAGUCCGGCUGUGAUGACCCGGCUGGCGGGUACGCCCGGGUACGUUGCGCCCGAGUGCGGAUACACGGGCAAGGCUACGGCAGAAUCAGAUGUGUUCAGUUUUGGGAUCGUGCUGUUGGAGGUGGCCACGGGUAGGCGGGUGGUAGAGCGCAAGUCUCCUUUGGCUGAAGGGAAUUUGGUGGACUGGGUUUGGGGACUGUACAGCAAGGAUAGUGUUUUGGAGUGUGUGGAUCCCAAAUUGGAUGAGUCUGAUUAUGAUGCAGAGGAGAUACGAAGGGUUUUGAUCUUGGGUUUAGCGUGCUCGCAUCCUGAUCCACAGUUGCGUCCUUCUAUGAGACAAGCCAUUCAAGUGCUGAUGAACCCAAAUGAAGAGCUGCCGCAGCUGCCUUCCAGUAGGCCACUAGCGAUCUAUGUUGUUUUGCCACCGGUUGGAGCUGUGUUUUCUCAGUCCACCAUGUGUGGAGGUGCCGCAUCGUAUGGUCUCAUGGGUGAGAGUAGCAGGGGAUCCAUUACAGCUUCCAUACAACAUCAUGGCAGAUAGAGUACAAUCUCAUGUUUUGUCAUACUUUGUUGCUACUCUCUUUUCAUUAUUUGUCAUGUCUGUGUAUGUGGAACAUUAUCUUCUUUGUUUCUAGCGUGUUACGAAUUGUCUUAGUACCUACUUUGUGUUUUAUAUUGGAUUUGUAUUGUGGUGAGUCACAUAGAUUGAUGUAUUCAAAUGAAUAAUUGAGCCAGUUUUUUUUUAAUGUAUAA